GCCAGCCUCGUAUAAAUUCCCUGGGUUACUCUCGCUCUGCAAUUCAAUUCAGAACUACAAAGAGCUAAGCAUCGGCAAUCAGAAGAGCAAACAUGGAGCAAACCUUCAUCAUGAUCAAGCCUGAUGGUGUUCAGAGAGGCCUGAUUGGCGAGAUUAUCAGCAUAUUUGAGAAGAAGGGCUUCUCACUAAGAGGCUUGAAACUCAUCACUGUAGACCGUCCUUUUGCUGAGAAGCACUACGCUGACUUGUCUGCAAAGCCAUUCUUUAGUGGGUUAGUGGACUACAUUAUCUCUGGCCCUGUUGUUGCCAUGGUCUGGGAGGGUAAGAAUGUUGUGGCUACUGGUCGUAAGAUCAUUGGAGCUACAAACCCUGCUCAAUCUGAGCCUGGGACUAUCCGAGGCGACUUUGCUAUUGACAUUGGGAGGAAUGUCAUCCAUGGAAGCGAUUCUGUGGAAAGUGCAAGGAAGGAAAUUGCAUUAUGGUUCCCUGAGGGCCCUGUAGCCUGGCAAAGCAGCCUCCACUCCUGGAUCUACGAGUAAAUUAUUGGGACAAUGACAAAUAAGGACUUCACAAGAAAAUUAAUGUUAAGUUGGGAUCUCUUCACAACUAAGGUCCCCAAAUUCAGUAUUCCUUACUAAAAUCUAAAAAAAUAAAAUAUAUUGAUUUGGCAUUAAUUUUCUUAAGAUGUCCUUACUUGUUACUUCUCCUAAACUAUACUUCCGUCUUAUAUUGAAGUAGUUGCUGUAAUUCUAUAAUGUUCUGGUUCUCUCUUGUCAAGCUCGUUUUGUAGAGUUUAGUUUAGUUAAUUUCUAGUUAUGCCUUUUCCUUGUUCAAGCAUGGGCAGAUGAAUCUCAAACUAGGUCUGUUAUAUUUUGUUGUUUUAGUGUUUUGCUUGAGGUCUAUGUUAUUUAUCACGAUGAGGGUGCUACUUGGUCCUAUUAUUGCCUUUCAAAGCAAAAUAGAGUUGGUUAUGAUUGAACACCAAGAAGCGUUUGGUUUAGCUAGUUAGAGAAGUUGAAUCAGCUUAUUCUGAAUUUUAAGUUGAGGGCUAGGAUAUGCAGUCACCUUAAAUAAAAGGUUAAUGGUUAUUUUUACUUCUUAA